CGUCUCACCAAUCUGCUUACUACGUACCUAGCCUUACUGUGUGACUAUUAGUGGGUUGCACUCAUGCAAGGAUACUGGCCACAAUUGACAGGUACGGUACGUACCUUAUCUGCUGCAUUAACCCCUGCAGAUAAAGCCAGACAGGUACGAAGUACCUUGGAAUUUUUCAUCUUCGUAACGCAAGGCUGAACUUGCAUUGUCUUUCUUUACUUGUCAAUUCUUCAACUCCGGCACCCACCUCCACCUCGUGAAAGCGUCGCGACGAACCAUUUACGCGAGUACAGCAUCCAAUCAUCCGAUCAUCCGAGCAUUAAAUAUCUAAAGUCGCGUAGCCCCCACGAUGUCGGACCAGGAAAACAACCCUAACAACGAAGUAAACGAGAAGACCGCGGUCAAGACGUGGCGAGCAUGGAGAACCGUUCACGAGAUGGUCCAAGACAGAGGAUACGAACUCUCCGAGACAGAAGUUAACAUCUCACUGGAGUCGUUCAAGAACAUCUACUGCAACAUGGACGGCUCUGUCGUACGUUCGAAGCUCAAGUUCUCGGCGCGACCGAGCCCGGAGAUGAUGAAGAAACUGGCCUCUCCCACCACGCCGUCAAACUCGGAACCGAAAGCCGAAGUUGGCACGAUAUGGGUAGAGUUCCACGACGAGGACUCGCUGGGAGCGGAACACAUGCGCAAGUUCGGCAAGUCGUGCGCGCAGGAGAACCACAGCACGGGGAUCCUAGUAUCCCACGUGGCCGUGUCGGCCUCGGCCAAGAAAGAGAUCGCCAAGUUCGCCCAGUGGACCUCCAUCGAGUGGUUUCUCGAGGAGGACCUUCUGAUCAACAUUACGCACCACGAGCUCGUGCCCCGUCAUGUCCUUCUCAGUAGAGAGGAGAAGGUCGCCCUGCUCAAGCGCUACCGCCUCAAGGAGACGCAGCUCCCUCGUAUCCUGCAGAAGGACCCCGUCGCCAAGUACUUCGGCAUGAAGCGCGGCCAGGUCGUCAAGAUCAUCCGCACCAGCGAGACGGCCGGUCGCUACGCCAGUUACAGACUAUGCGUAUAACCCCGAACCCGAACCCGGACCCGCACUUACACCUACACCUACACCCACCCCGCGGCUAUCUCUAGGUAAUGGCGGAAGAAGUAGAGGAGGAGGAGGAGGGAGGAAGAAAGCUUUGCAAAAUACCGGCGUCUACGAGCAUGACUUGAUUUGGCAGAGGACGGCGUUAUUUGGUCUGCAGCUCGGGAGGUCAUUUUAAAAAUCUAUCCCCCGCAGCUACUCAGAGGUUGAUUGAUUUUCUACUAAUUGAGGAAGAGGGGAGGAGGAAGCUUCGCUCUCGUUACAAUUUGAACAUAGAGCCACCACCACGUGAGGAAAAAGGGGAAAUUGCAGUUCUAGUAAUCGAGAAUACGUGUCAAGCUCACUACGGCAAAGUCCAUCUUACUUAGAUGUGGUUAUCUCCAAGUUCUUAUUACCUACUGUCCUGUCGCGAGUAAUUAGAUGUAGACAUUAUCAGAUAUUUUAUUACCAA